AUGUUAUUUGAUAAAAAAAAACUGCCCACUCCAGAGAUCUCCUGGCAGAAGGAUGGCGGAGAGCUGCCGAACAGCAGGAUGUCCUUUAAUAACUUCAAGAAAACACUCAAGGUUUUGGAUGUGACAGAAGCUGAUGGUGGGGAUUACCGCUGUACAGCCACAAAUAACUUGGGGACUGUACACCACAUUAUCAAGGUCACCGUCAAGGCUUCUCCUUUCUGGGUCAGCGCUCCCAGGAACCUGAUCCUUGCCCCUAAUGAGACUGGCAUCCUGACUUGUCGAGUCAAUGGAGAUCCCAAACCUAAAAUUUCUUGGUUUGUCAAUGGCGUCCCCAUAGAGAAUGUACCUGAGGACCACAGUCGGAAAGUGGAGGAUGACACUGUGAUUCUCAGCAAUGUGCAAUCAGGGUCCAGUGCUGUCUACCAGUGUAAUGCAUCCAAUGAAUUUGGUUACCUUUUGGCCAACGCCUUUGUCAACGUUCUCGCUGAGCCACCAAGGGUGCUCACUCCACCUAACCGCGUGUACCAGGUCAUCACCAACAACCCUGCAUUACUUCACUGUGCCUCCUUUGGCUCACCGAUACCAACCAUCACAUGGUUUAAAGAUAGUCAGACUAGCAUUAAAAGUGGUGACCCUUAUGUGAUCCAUGAGAAUGGUACAUUGGAGAUCCAUGUGGCCCAGCCACUAAACAGUGGAAAGUACACCUGCAUUGCCACCAACAACCUUGGAAUCAAGGAGAAUCAUGUCUACCUGGAGGUUAAAGAGCCGACUCGUAUCCUGAAACAGCCUGAGUACAAGGUGGUGCAGAGAGGAAUGAGUGCUGUGUUUGAAUGUAAAGUCAAACAUGACCCAUCCCUCGUUCCCGUCAUGACCUGGCUCAAAGACAAUGGAGAACUGCCUGAUGAUGAGAGGUUUGUUGUGGACACGGACUUGGAUAGUCUGACCGUCAAAGACGUGACAGAUGGAGAUGAGGGCACCUACACCUGCAUCAUGAACACCACCCUGGACAAGGACUCAGCCAGUGCUAUGCUGACUGUCGUAGAGGCUACUCCUACGCCAGCUAUUGUCUACGAGAAACCCGACCCUCCGACUGACCUGGAACUGACAGACCAGACAGAGAGGAGCGUUCAGCUCACCUGGAUCCCUGGAGACGAACACAACAGUCCCACACAGAAGUUUUUGAUCCAAUACGAAGAUCUGCUCCACCAGCCAGGAAUCUGGAUCAACCUGACCGAAGCUGCCGGUACUAGCACCACAGUGCGGUUAAAUCUUUCUCCAUACGUCUACUACUCAUUCAGAGUCCUGGCUCUGAAUCACGUCGGCUACAGUGAGCCAAGCCAAGCCUCAAGCCAAUACAGGACCAACCCUGCAGCUCCUGAUGAAAAUCCAUCUAAUGUUCAGGGAGCAGGGACAAUGCCUGGCAAUCUAGUCAUCUCCUGGACACCACUGACAGGAUUUCAGGCUAAUGGACCCGGUCUGGAGUACAAAGUUCAGUGGAGACAAAAGGACGUAGAUGAGGACUGGUCCUCAAAGACUGUGGCCAAUGUUUCCCAGUUUAUUGUGUCUGGAACUCCGACCUACGUGCCCUAUGAGAUCAAGGUUCAAGCUUUAAAUGAUUAUGGCAACGGGCCAGAGCCUGAAGCAGUGAUGGGAUACUCUGGAGAAGACUUGCCUUUGUCUGCCCCUGACAGUGUGCAGAUUAUAGUGCGCAACAGCACACUUGCAGAAGUGCAUUGGGAGCCUGUUUCUUUCCCCUCAGUCAGAGGAAAACUACAGGGAUACAGGGUAUACUACCGGCGUGAGCGUGGCUUGCAUGAGACAGAGGAGGACACCGAGCAACAGGAACAAGUUCUGACAUUCAGUGGGAAUCGUAGCGAGGGACGCCUGCCAGGCCUCCAGCCUUACAGCCUCUACAACCUCACCAUCAGGGUCCUCAAUAGCAAAGGAGAAGGUCCUCCUAGCCAGAGCGAGAAAUUUGCAACACCCGAGGGAGUCCCAGGGCCUCCUUCUUUCCUGAAUGUCAUAAACCCUGGUUUAGACUCUCUCACUCUGGAAUGGGGCCCACCAAUCAACAACAAUGGACGUCUUGCUGGAUACACACUGAAAUACCAACCAGUCAAUAACACCAGUGAACUGGGACCAGUCAAGGUCAUGAACUUCCCUCCCAAUGAGACCACCAUCACCCUGGGCAACCUAAACUCCAGCAUGCUCUACAAGUUUUACUUGAGUGCAAAGACAACCAAGGGCUCAGGCCCCGUCAUCACUGAGGAGGCCUUCACGGUCAUGGACACAAUUCGUACUCAGCCCCCUGUAGAGCCGGGCAAAGGCCCUACAGAGCCCCCUCACCCAACCCCCCCCAUCACUCAGUCUCCGAGUCCCCCGAUUCAUAAGGGUACAAGCACUCCCUGUGUCCCCCUCUACCCCCCCAAAUAUCUACAUUGGGACAGUUUUCUUAAACUGACGUGUGAGGCGGGACAGAGAGUCAACGGCCAGCUGCUUGUAAAUUAA